GCGCAACAACGCAACACUACACAUUAAUUAUAUAUGGCAUCAGCAGCGGCGGCCGUCGGAAUGUACCGACGCGAUGGCGAUCAACAGGGAAGAGGCAGUGCAGCAGCGGCAGUUCUAUGCCUUCUGCUUCUCAUAAUUAGCUCCGAGAACACGGCGGUCCAAGCUGCCGCCGCCGUGUACUCCAUCGACUGGAGCUUCAGCCCCAAAGUCAUAAACCCACUCGCAAAUGGAAAGACCUUUAGAGCAGGGGACACACUCUUGUUUAAGUACAGUCCGGGGUUCCACAACGUGGUGGAGGUGGACAAGGCAACCUACGACAAGUGUGGCACGCCGCCGGCCAAGGCUAAGGUGUAUGCUUCUGGGUCGGACAGGGUCACCCUUACCAAGGGACAGCAUUACUUCAUUUGCAGCUUCGCAGGCCAUUGCAAGGCUGGGAUGAAGAUCUCUAUCUUCGCCGCCUGAUCGAUCAUUUGAACCAAAACCUCUGUUUCCCUAUAUAUACAUAUAUUUGAAUAAGUGACAUACUUUUUGUUUUCUUAUGAUUGAUCAGCUAUAUAUAGUAUUCUCCAAUGUUUGGAAAAUACCGAAAGAUCUAUAUACGUAUACAUAUAUAUUAUACUCUUUCCAUCCUAAAAUGUUCUUCCCACUCACUUUAUACCCGAUCAAAUUUUAAUCACUUUCUUUAUCUAUUUUCAUUAGGUAUUUGAUAAAAUAAUAUAGUCUUGUCACUACUUGUUUUGUAAAACUUUUGAUUUAGUUUUUAAAUAUAUAAAUUUUAUUUUUAAAUUUUACGCCUACAAUCAAAUAAAUUGAAUUGAAAAUAAAGUCGGUCAAACCUCGUAAAAUGAACCGGGAAAGAUCAUUAUAGGAUAGGAUGAAGGGAGUAUAUAUGUUCGUGUAAUGUGUGGUACGUUGACCUCUUUAAAUUCCAUCUCUAGUUAUAUCUAAAUCUAUGAUUCCUCUAACAGUGUGAAUUUAAAUUAUUAAUUACAUUAAUUUUCAUUGCGUAUUGAUAAAUCGAAAUGGAUUGG